AUGCCAGUAAAAAAAAGAGCCUCUUUGGGAAGAAGUACAUCAGCUGCAAGAAGAAUGGCAGCAACAAGAGCAGCUGAAGAUUCUGAAGACACACGCAUUCGACUUGAUGGUCAACGUCCAAGACAAGCAGCUUCAAGAGCAGCUGAAUCUCCAGAACGGAGACAAAGUCGACGGGAAGAUGAUCGAGCCAGACAUGCAGCUUCACGAGCAGCUGAGAAUCCCAUACAGAGACGGACUCGAAGUGAAGAUCAGCGUAGACGACAAGCAGCCUCAAGGGCAGCGCAAUGGACAUUUAUGGAAGGGGAAGCGUUUCGGUAUGAUCCAGCCAAUAACUAUGACAGCCAUUCUCAACUUAAUAUUGGACAAAUGAGCGAUGUUUGUCCAUACUGUAAUGCCCUCAAAUGGCAUGCAGAAACACGAGGUAUGUGCUGUUCUGGUGGUAAAGAACAACGCCUGAAUCGAAGCAUUUCUUGGACAACAUUAGAAAAUACAAUUCUUGCUUUCAAAUGA